UUUAUUUCUCAAAACCCUAGCGCCGCCGCUCACCUUUUUCUUCGUCGCCUCCAGUCGUUUCGCCACCGUAUUCGUCUUUCAUAGGUAAGCAAGAUCACGGCCGUCGUGCAUACCUCGCCGUUGUCAUAUGUGUGGGUUUCCACAAAAACCCGAGAGCUUCGGUGCUCGAUCCCCUGCCUCCACACCAUCUUUUGGCCGUUUACAGCCGUUGUAAGGACGGGUUCUCACAGGCGAAGACUUCACGUCCUGAAUCCACGGCUGGUCGGACUCUGUUGGCCGUGGGGAAGCCUCCUUCGGUCGUUUUUGCUUCUGCCGCCUUUGUUUGUUACCGUGAGCGCCGCCUCUGGCUGUUUAUGGCCGUGCCACCUCCAGCACUUGGGUGUGCUGUCGGUGCUUCCACGUCGCCGGCAGUCCCCUCCGUUGUACCGGCAGAACCCUUAUUCGAACCAGACCCGCUACCGCUUCCAGUUUUGGACCGGAAUUUUUACGUUGUCGUCGUUAAAUUAUUAUUUAGUAAUCUGAAAUGAUUGAAUUGGGUUUUUGAAGUGGUUGUCGUAACUUUUACAGGAGACUUCGACUCAGAAAUAGAAUUACUGUCCCUCCACUGUUACCUUCAAAUUUCGAAUCGAUCCGUAUUGCUCGAGUUGAUCGAAUUGGUUCGAUCGAUCCACUGCUCUGGGUGAUCGUGAUAAACGCUACAGCCGAUAUUAACUAUCUAUUUAGAGCCCUAGUUCCCUUCCUCAGCCAUGGCAGAUCCCGAGCUCCCCUCCUCAGUCGUGACAUCUUCCGUCGAAGCUAAGAUGAAUGAACUAUUGCAUAGGAUUAAAUCAGUUGAAAUCAAAUUGUUUUCGGACGCUACCAAAGAGUUUGUUAAGUUGCUCAAGACUGAUGCUGGAGCUGAACUGCUUCGUCUUUAUGUCGAAACUUUUCCUUCCUUGUUGGAGCUUCUAGAAGCUUGGAAGCUCCGACAGGGAAAACCUGGAACAUCCUAUGUUCUGUCAUUGAUUUCGGCUAUUCUGUGUCAUCCCGAGGGGAGAAGAUAUAAUGAUAAAUUCGGUGUGAGUAGGGUGCUUGAUAAGUUUGCUAGAUUGAUUGUUGACGAAAAGUUGGAGGAUGUUUAUAAAGAAUUGAGUAGUAAAGAUGGGAAGCGUCAGAAUACUGCACUUCUGUUGAUGGGUUCGGUUGUUAGGCGUGGUUCAGGGUUGGCUUCUGAGGUUGCAAAGAAAUUUGACUUUAAGCUCCAGGGGUUUUCCAAGCUUUCUGAGUAUAAAAAGAGAAAUCAGUUUGAUAAGAAAAAACAUUCGACUAGAAAGUCUUUUGUUGGGUUAGCUAUGUCGUUCUUGGAGAUGGGGAAGCCAGGGUUAUUGAGGUGGAUCUUGCAACAAAGGGAUAUGUAUUAUGGUGUGUUGAGAGGCAUUGGGAAUGAUGAUGAUGAAACUUUUAUGUAUAUUUUGGCUACAUUACGUGAUAGGGUACUCACAGAAGAGUCAUUAGUACCCCCUGGUCUUAGGAGUGUGCUCUUCGGUAGUGUUACUUUGGAACAGCUGGUGAACAUUUCUGGAAGGGAGAAUAGUGGAGUUGCUGCAGAACUGGCCUACAAUGUUCUUCUCAUGGUUUCGACUGAUCCCAGUAACGGGUUGAUGCCUGAUUUGGACAGAAAACCUAAUCCAUUAAAGGGUAAUCCAACAAGACUAUUAGGGGUCAUGAAAAAGCUAAGAGCGACAGAGGUCAGCUACCAUAAGGACUUACUUUUGGCCACUUUUAGGGGCAGACCAUCCUUGGGAGCGGCUUAUAUGAAUGAAUUCCCAUAUAGCGUCGAAGAUCAUGCAUCACCUACUUGGUUUUCUUCCGUUACUCUGGCUGCAAGCUUGAUUUCGUCAGUUGCUGUGGGAAAUCCAUUUGGUUUCCUUGAUGCAAUGUCUCAUGAUCCACCUUCCAUUGAUAGUCCAGAUGUGCAGGAUAUUCUGAGUUGCAUAUGUCCUCGUCCACUCAGCAGAUCUGUAGUCACCAAGGGUUUGCUUCACUCUGAUUUUCUUGUGAAACAUGGAGCCUUAAGGCUCCUUUUGGAGGCACUGAAGUUGAUGGAUUCCUUUAUCGGCUCUCUGAACCGGUUUUCUCGUGUGAGAAAUCAGAUGAUGGGAAAAUGGGUAUCGUUAAAGCAAGAUGUUCAGAAUGAGGUUCAAACUUUGCUUCCUGAUACAUAGGUCUUGUUGACACUACUUUCUUCGCUGGGUACUCAUGUUAGAACUCCAAAGUCUUUGAAGAGGAAACCAGGUUUAGAAAA